AUGGCUGAGGGGAAUCCAAGUGAUCCAUCUGGAUCAAAAUUGGAGCCAGUACAGUUCUCGCCUUUUUCAUCCCAAAUUUCACCAUCAUUUUGGACCACUUUAGCAUCAUUCAAGAUUGAUCGUGCUCAGCUGUCAGACGACAGGAUCGAAAUUCGAGCAAAAUAUACAAUUGGAAAACAAGUAAAGGAUCGUUCAACUUCUGAAAUCGUUCGGUUACCGACAAACAUAUCAUUGGACUCUUCUUCGCUUGAAACGGUGGAAAAUGAAAAUACUCGUGGAGAAAGCGGAGGUGCAGGAGAGUCACAAGUUGAGGUUGUAGGUUCCUUAAAGAAUUUCAAUACAAUCGAAGAAUUCAAAAAGGCAGACAAGAUGGAAAUCCUACAGGAAACAGCAAACGCUCUUUUGAUCAGUAUGAUGCAAGAUGAAGAUCCUAUACCCUCUCUCAAUCGCUUCCUUUGUUUAAGCUUUUCAGAUUUGAAAAAGUACAAAUUCUAUUAUUGGUUCGCAUAUCCUGCACUUUUGUCCAAACCGCAUUGGCAUACAGUUGGAUCGGAUUGGUCUAAUGUGAAGUCCACAUGGGGAGAAGCUGAACUGCAAAAGCUUUCAUCAUCUUUGCGUGAACGGUCAAGAAUUGUCGAUCAUGGCUUCUUCUUGAUCCGACCGGACGGCUCAACAGCAAAGAUUAUGGAAUUCGAAAGCUUCUUCAGAGAUGUUGAUCAGGAUCGCCGAGCUAUUGGGUUUAUCGACCCUUCAGCUCUUUCAGAUACUCCAGGCUGGCCGCUAAGAAAUCUAUUGUCACUUUUGUCGAUACGAUUCGACGUUCAGAAAAUACGAGUGGUAUGUUGGAGAAACGAGGUAGAAAGUGGAUCUCAAGCAUCGCAAACAAUGCAACUAGGAGAUCGGAUGUUGCCAUUCACAUCGCUGCCCGAUACGCCUUCAAAGCCUUCAGCUGUUGGCUGGGAGAGAAAUAAUUCAGGAAAGUUGGCACCAAAGAUGGCAGAUUUAGGCCCUUUGAUGGAUCCCAAGCGGUUGGCAGAUCAAGCUGUAGACUUGAACUUGAAGCUGAUGCGAUGGAGGAUUUUACCCGAAAUCAAUCUGGAGAAAGUAAGCUCAACCAGAUGCUUGCUAUUAGGUGCAGGAACGUUGGGAUGUUACGUAGCACGAACACUCUUGGGAUGGGGAGUGCGAAAGAUCACUCUUGUUGAUUCUUCAACUGUUUCGUUUUCCAAUCCUGUUCGACAGCCUUUGUUUGAAUUCAGCGAUUGCUUGGAAGGAGGAAAGCCAAAAGCUGAAUGUGCCGCGAACGCUUUACGAAGAAUAUACCCUGGUGUAGAGGCAGAAGGACAUCAAAUCAAUAUACCCAUGCCGGGACACCCAAUACCGAAAGGAAACGUUGAACAAGUCAAAAAAGAUGUUGAAUCUCUGCAAGACCUCUUCGAUUCACACGAUGCUGUUUAUCUGUUGAUGGAUUCAAGAGAGAGCCGUUGGCUGCCAACCGUACUGGGUGCAGUUAAAUCAAAGAUGGUAUUCAAUACUGCUUUGGGAUUUGAUACCUUCUUGGCUAUGCGCCAUGGAGCAAGUCCAAAAGAGCAUGCUUCAACAAGUUCAACUCGAUUGGGCUGUUAUUUCUGCAAUGAUGUUGUCGCACCUACAGAUUCUCUUACCGAUCGUACUUUGGAUCAAAUGUGUACAGUCACAAGACCAGGACUGGCUUCUGUUGCUAGCGCAACUACUGUGGAGAUGAUGGUCUCCAUUUUGCAACAUCCUCUUGGCUUUCGAGCUCCAGCUUAUAUCGCCCCGAACGCCUCAGGAUCCAAAGCGACUGUCCCUGAUGCAGAUUCGUCCUCGUCAGACUCGAUUUUAGGACGCCUUCCGCAUCAAAUUCGCGGAUCUCUUUUCAAUUUCCAAAAUCUUCUCAUUCAUGGACCUGCUUAUGAUCGUUGCACGGCUUGUAGCGAGACAGUGAUCGACACAUACGCCAAAGAAGGAUUUGAGAUGAUUCAAAAAGCCUGCAAUGAUGAGGAAUACUUGCGUCAUUUGACAGGUCUUGAUCAAUUGUACGAUGCCACAGAUGAGAUCGAAGUAGAAUGGGAUGAAGAAGAAGGAUCUUUCGAAGACGAUUAA